CGAGGUGGGAACACGAAAUUGAGUUUGAGUUUCUUUCGAUCUUCAGGAUUGUUUUUCAGUUGCUGGCUCACGUCCUUCUUUCGCCCCAGAAACGCAGAAAGCCUCGAGACUGCAGGAGUUUCACGGUUCCAGGCCGGCGCGCGGCCGUGCUCAAGAGACCUCCUCAGCACCGCACCCACCAACCAAACCAUGGCUCCCCACUCAGAACACCCAGCCGAAGACAACACUCAUGUCCGUUUUGCCUCUUCUCCCUCUCAUGCCCCUCAACCCCGUCCUCUUUCCUCUUCCUCGUCCUCCCCUGACCAAGACUGGGACGGCACCCUCGACGAAACCAUCAUGGCUCUCGACUACCGUGACCGUAAGAUCGGGUGUUGUUAUCUGAAUGCAAUUGAGGGGAAGUUGUGGAUGAUGGAGGAUAUGGAGGAGAGCGCGCCUUGGGAUCUGGUUGAAGCAUUGCGGUUCCACGUACAACCAAGUACGAUUCUCCUAUCCUCCCGUAUCGAAGAAUCCUUACUGGAUAAACUCGAAGGUCUCGCAGCACCGACCGAACCCGCGCCUUCGUCUUCGUCGUCGGCUACCUCUGGCCCGGAUUCGACGGGAUUUGCGCUAGAUAUCCGACCUGCGACGGAGUUUGCGUAUCAGACUGCACGGAGUAGAUUGAUAAGCUUGAGAGUUGGGCAAAAGGAGGGACCUAGGAUUGAGUUUGCGGGUGCGGAGGAGGGGGAUGGACAGCGUGAGGGAUUGAUGAGGUUAGCCGGUUGGGUUGAUGUUGACAGUAAAGUCACGGUUGGAUGUGCGGGUGCUGUUAUCGCGUACUUUGCGAGGAGGAGGUUGAUUGGGGGCAUACAUGGCGAUGAUGAGUUUGUGCGGGUGAGCGUGAAUGCGAUAUCGAUGUUCUCGAUGAAUGACUAUAUGCUCGUGAAUGCCGACACGAUCUGUUCAUUACAGAUCUUCGAGGACGAAUCACAUCCAAAUUUCCACAUGCAAGGGCGCGGAGGCCGUGGUAAAGAAGGUCUCUCCCUCUUCGGCAUCAUGAACUCCACCCGCACCCCCCAAGGCUCCCUCCUCCUCCGUCGCUGGUUCCUCCGGCCUUCCCUAAGCCUCGACAUCCUUCACGCCCGCCACUCAACCCUCUCCCUCUUCCUCCACCCCUCAAACCUCCACAAAGUCAAGGAUAUAGGAAAAACCCUUCUCGGACUCCGAAGUGGUAGAUCUGGUGGGACAGUGGGAGAGUGGCAGCGAAUGCUCGAAUUCAUAUGGAGUACGAUCAAAAUCCGUGGCGCAAUCGAAGAGCUAUUCCAGACUUCUGAGAAUGACAACGCACUCCCCAUCAUCCAACAAAUCACAAACAAUUUCGAUAUACCCGCCCUGACAACCCUCGGCACCCUCCUCACCUCCACCAUCGACUUCGACACCUCAUCCCUCGAACACCGAACCGUAAUCGCCCGCGGCGUCGACGACGAACUGGACAACAUGAAACACGUCUACGAUGGUCUCGAUUCGAUGUUGGCGCAGGCUGCUGCGCAACUUGCGGAACAGGUUCCGAGGGAGGUGGCGGGGGUGUUGAAUGUGAUUUAUUUUCCGCAGUUGGGGUAUUUGAUUACUGUGCCUGCUGCUGAGGAAGGAGAGGCGGGAGGGGGAGGGAGAAGGUUGUGGGAGGGGGAGGGGUGGGAGUUUCAGUUUAAUACUGCGACAUGCUUUUAUUACAAGAGUGUUGAGAUGAGAGAACUUGAUGAGUAUUUCGGUGACAUUCACGGGCUGAUCGUUGACCGCGAAAUCGAACUCGUCCACCAACUCCAACUCCGCGUCCUCGAAUCAAGCGCCCUCCUCACCAAAACCUCCGAUAUCUGCGCCGAGCUGGAUUGUUUAUUGGCACUCGCCGAGAGUGCGCGGAAAUUCGGGUACCAGAGACCGAGGAUGGUAGAGGAGAACGUGAUCCGGAUCACGAAAGGACGACAUCCCCUCCAAGAACUUCUUGUCCCAUCCAUCGUCGAGAAUGACACGAACCUCGCCGGUGGUCGCAGUACGGAUGCUCUGCGACUCGACGGAGAGGAUGGAGAGGAAGGGGAGUUGGAGGUGAAUAGUGCGAUGUUGUUGACCGGAGCGAAUUUCUCGGGUAAGAGUGUUUAUUUGAAGCAGGUUGCUUUGAUUGUUUAUUUGGCGCAUGUUGGGAGUUAUGUACCGGCGGAAAGUGCAACAAUUGGCUUAACCGACAAGAUUCUCACGCGUAUCCAAACCCGUGAAUCCGUCUCCAAGGUAACCCUCCCCUCCUCCCCUCCUCCGCCCUCUUCCAUUCCCCGUCUCCGACCUGCUAACAGCGUACAACAGAUGCAAUCCGCCUUCAUGAUUGACCUCCAACAAAUAUCCCUUGCGCUCCGUGCUGCGACCCGGCGUAGUCUCCUCAUCAUUGACGAGUUCGGCAAGGGGACAGAGUCGACAGAUGGUGCUGGGUUAUUUUGUGGGGUGUUGGACUGGUUAUUGAGGCUGGGAGAGGAGAGGCCGAAGGUUUUGGCAGCCACACACUACCACGAGACCUUAGAAGGAGGGUUCUUGGACCCUGACUUACCGCUGAGCUACGCACAUAUGGAAAUCAUCCUCGAUCCUUCUUCCUCCACGAACGCCAACCCCAAUUUAACCUACCUCUACCGUCUCCGCCCCGGCCGCUCGUUAUCCUCAUUCGGAACACAUUGUGCCGCAAACGCUGGAAUCGCACCAGAGAUCAUCGAGCGUGCGGAGAAGUUUGUAGAGGUUGCUGCGAGAGGAGAGGACAUUGCUUCCGUUUGUGCUCUGGGAGGCGGGAAUGGGGAGAGGGAGAAGAAAGAAUUGGAGGAGGCGGAGGUUGUUGCCAGGAGGUUUUUAGAGUGGGAGAUUGAUUGUGAUGAUGGAGAUAUUCGGGAUGUCCUGGCGAGGGUGUUGGUUGUGUGA